AUGGAGGAGGAGGCUGCGAGGAAGAGGAAGAUGCCGCGGGUCCCCCAAGCAGGAGAGGAGGAAGUCAGUGCCCCUUUGGGCCCCGAGGUGAGGCCGGAGAGCGCGGAGGACAAAUCCCGGUGGCAGAGCCUGGUGGGAGAGGCCGUUUUGAAGGGCUCCCCGGCGCAGGAAGGCAGCGGGGAGGAAAAGGGCCGGAGAUGCCCCCACAGGAGGGGCUCCAAAGCCAGCCCAGGGGGCUGUGAGGAGGAAAGAGCCAGCGUGGGCCGGGAAGGCGGCCGGAGCUUGAGGCGGAGCUGCGAGCUGGUGGUCCCUGAGCAGCCUCCCAGCAGGAAAAAGCCCUUCAGAUGUUUGGAAUGUGGGAAGAGCUUCAGCAGGAGCACCCAUCUCCUCAGCCACCAGAACAUCCACAGUGGGGAACGGCCCUACAAAUGUGGGGAGUGUGGGAAAAGCUUCAGGCAUAGCUCUACCCUCCGCACCCACCGUCGCAUCCACAGUGUGGAACGGCCCUACACCUGUGGGGAGUGUGGGAAGAGCUUCAAACGGAGCUCCCACCUCCUCAGCCACCAAAUGAUCCACACUGGGGAACGACCCUACACGUGUGGGGAGUGUGGGAAGAGCUUCAAACGGAGCUCCCACCUCCUCAGCCACCAGAUGAUCCACACCGGGGAAAAGCCCUUCAGGUGUUUGGAUUGUGGGAAGAGCUUCAAUAAGAGAACCAACCUCCAGAGGCACCAGCACAUCCACACUGGGGAACGGCCCUACACGUGUGGGGAGUGUGGGAGGAGUUUCACUCAGAGCUCCAACCUGCUCCAACACCAGAUGAUCCACAGUGGGGAACGGCCCUACACGUGUGAGGAGUGUGGGAAGAGCUUCAGUGACAGCUCCACCCUCCGCACCCACCGUCGCAUCCACACCGGGGAACGGCCCUACACGUGUGGGGAGUGUGGGAAGAGCUUCAGUGACCGCUCCACCCUCCGCAACCACCGUCGCAUCCACAGUGGGGAACAGCCCUACACGUGUGCGGAGUGUGGGAAGAGCUUCAGGAAGAGCUCCACCCUCCACAGUCAUCGACGCAUCCACAGUGGGGAACGGCCCUACAUGUGUGGGGAGUGUGGGAAGAGCUUCAGUGACAGCUCCACCCUCCGCAACCACCGUCGCAUCCACAGUGGGGAACAGCCCUACACGUGUGGGGAGUGUGGGAAGAGUUUCAGGCAGAUCUCCCACCUGCUCCGACACCAGAUGAUCCACAGUGGGGAACGACCCUACACAUGUGAGGAAUGUGGGAAGAGCUUCACUCAGAUCUCUGACCUGCUCCGACACCAGAUGAUCCACAGUGGGGGGCCCUACACGUGUGCGGAGUGUGGGAAGAGCUUCAGGGACAGCUCCAGCCUUUGCAAACACCGUUGCAUCCACACCAGGGAAUGGCCCUACAAGUGCUUGCAAUGUGGAAAGAGCUUCAGCACAAGCACCAAGCUGCUCAGCCAGCAGCACAUCCACACUAGGGAACAGCCCUACACAUGUAGGGAAUGUGACAGCUCCACCCUCUACACCCACCAUCGCAUCCACAUCAGGGAGAGGCCCUACAACUGUUGGGAUUGUGGGAAGAGCUUCAGGCAGAGCUCUUCCUUGACCUCCCACCAACGGACCCACCGGUAAGAGAAGCCCCGAGUGCCCCGACUGCGGGAAGAGCUUCGGCCGCUGCUCCAACUCCAUCAGCCAUGGGAGGACCCGCGUUGGAUGAUCCACAGGGACCCCCGUUGGGCACAGACCUGGUGUGCUGGUUUAAUGGUAAACCAGCAGGGGAAAUGUCAGCGGUGACACCUGGAAUGGGAUGGAACACCUGGAA